CUCUUUCUUUCAUUUCUCCGCGUAUUGUUCGCUCUUAUAGCUAUAGAGUAUAUAUACAAUUACUUAAGUCAUCAUCUGUUUAGCUAGCCUCCAAUCGACAAGAGCGCCGCUUUGCAGGGCCCAUCGGAAAACAGCUAGAAUGCCGCCGACAGAUCUACGGAAGCAAGCCGGACAGCUCUUUGCAGUUGGGUUCCAUGGUCUCGUUCCCAGUCCCGAAAUCAAAACUUUGAUCCGCGACUAUGGCCUCGGAGGAAUUGUUCUAUUUAAACGGAACAUCCAUGAUGCCGAACAACUCCAGUCCUUGAUCCUUGCACUCCAGACCGAAGCAAAGGCCGCUGGACAUGAGCAUCCUCUGCUCAUCGGAAUUGACCAAGAGAAUGGACUCGUCACCAGGAUAUCGCCCCCAGUCGCUGCUCAGGUGCCGGGUCCAAUGGCACUGGGCGCCACCUACUCCGAAGCGCUCGCCCAUGAUGUCGGCAAAGCUACCGGGCAAAUGCUGAACUUCUUCGGUAUAAACAUGAACUACGCACCAGUUUGCGACAUCAAUUCGGAGCCAUUGAAUCCAGUUAUUGGAGCUCGAAGCCCCGGGGACGACUCUGAGUUCGUUGGUCGGGUUGCCAGUGCUCAAGCUAAGGGUCUUAGGGAGCAGAAAAUCAUCCCAAGCGUCAAGCACUUUCCCGGUCAUGGUGACACGGCGGUGGAUUCUCAUUACGGGCUCCCUGUGAUAUCGAAAACCAGAGAUCAGCUGGAACGAUGCGAGUUGGUUCCGUUUCGUAGAGCGGUCGCUGAAGGCAUCGAGACUGUAAUGACAGCACACAUUUCUUUGCCUGCAAUUGGUGAUGGAGAGUUACCAGCGACGCUCUCUGUCGAUGCCUUGAACAUUCUUCGUAAGGAUAUGAACUACGACGGCAUGGUGAUUACCGAUUGUCUUGAAAUGGACGGUAUUCGGGCUACAUACGGCACGGAGCAGGGCGCAGUCAUGGCAUUGAAGGCCGGAAGCGACAGUAUUAUGGUUUGCCAUACUCACGCUGUGCAAAUAGCUUCGAUUGAUCGAGUCUGGAAAGCGGUAGAAUCCGGAACAAUACCGAUGACCCGUUUUCAGCAAGCCUUCCGUCGGGUAACUGACCUAAAAGAUAGGUUCUUGAGUUGGGAUACUGCUUUGCAACCAAAAGCGAUCGACAGCCUCGCGUCUAUCAACACAGGGACGGCUGCGUUGGCGAAAGAAGCUUACUCUCGUUCAGUAACGCUCAUUCGAAGCAAAGCGGAUAUUCUGCCCUUGUCCGAAUUAUCAAGGGUCGUGUUCCUUUUCCCAGGUGCCAAUACACCCACUGGAGGUGCAGUGGAUGGGGAGGGGCUUGGAAGGAAAGGGUCAUACGAUGCUACAGUCUAUCUCGACAUCAUCCAAAAAUACAAUGCCAAUGCUGUUGAGAUCCGCUAUGGAAUGGAAGGUCUAUCAGCGGAGCAAUGGCGUCAAGUAGAAGCUGCGGAAGUUGUGAUAUUUACUUCCAUCAACGCACGAGAGUCUCCUUAUCAAAGGACAUUAGGACUGGAGCUACCAAAGCGUGUACGAGAAGUGGUUGCCAUAGCAGCUUGUAAUCCCUACGACUUCCUUGAAGACUCUAGCAUCGAAACGUACAUUGCCACAUACGAACCGACCAUCGAGGCCUUCUCUGCCGCAGCGGAUGUGAUUUUUGGAGCAGCACCUGCGAAGGGGGUCCUGCCGGUCGGGCCCAAGCAAACGACAAACACUCAAAUCAUGAUAUCGCCAUUGGAUCUUGCUAAUGAUUUGGAUCAGUUGACUGUUGUGUGGAACGCAGCAUUGCCGGCAUACCCGUUGUCUAGCGACAGACUGCGCACUCUGUUGGAUCGACCAAGUGGACACUACUUUGCUGCCCGGUCUGGAUCGGUGCUUGUUGGAUUCUCGCUUGCUUACACUACAGUCAAUGGAGGUAUCACAUCGGGUCAGUUGGCAGUGCUCGCUGUGGAUCCUGAAUAUCAAGGAAGGGGCAUCGGCACAAUCCUGAUAACAGAAACCCGAGCAUGGUUCAGGCAGAAUUUGGGACUCAAUCGCCUAGCCUUAGGAAGUGCCUUUCCUCGAUUUUGGCCCGGAAUCCCGACAGAUUUGCCGUCAAAAAUCCAAGAAUUCUUCAUCCAUCGGGGAUUCCGGCUCAAUCCACCAACAUUGCGAUCUGUUGAUCUGUACCAGGAUAUCAGUGGUUUCCAGUCUCCAGAGAAGUAUCUAGUUCGGGCAAAAGAGCGGGGAUACACUUUUGGUGUUCUCCUUCCAGAGCACUAUGAAGAGUGUGUUGCAGCUCAGAAGCGGAACUUCAGUGAUCACACGGGCUGGAUUGAGGCGUACAUGGUACUUCAACCCAACAAAUACCCGUCGAACGUGAUGGUUGCAUUUGACAAAGAAGGGAACCAAGUGGGUUGGACGCUGAUGCUCCCACCCUCGUCUUCUCUUCUCCAGCGAGGCUGGGCAUUCCCACCCCUUUGUGGUCCCAAGACUGGCUUGAUCGGCUGCGUGGGAGUCGACGUGGCGCAUCGAAAAGGAGGUGUUGGACUAGCUCUUAUGUGUCAUGCAAUUGAGAACAUGAAGCAGAGAGAUAUUGAAGGUGUUUUUGUCGACUGGGUUAGUUUGGAUGGUUGGUACGAGCAGAUUGGAUUCGAGGUUUGGCGCAGCUAUAGGCCCGGUAUGAUUUGAGCGACAGAGCUUUCGUUUCAUACACCUGAGUUUUUUUUAAGGAAAAAAAAUUGAAAUUCAAAGCGCAUUUCUAUUUCAGUGGCCGUGGACUCGAAACGUGAAUUUGUAGAUACGGAGCUGGCACAGCUGGCGGCCGAACAUGGCUUUGCUUUCAUAGACCUAAUAAUGGAAGAUUCG